UCUAGGUCCCUAAACUACUUUCACUAUGUAGUAUUUUACUACUUUGUCAUUUCGCUCAAAGGUAGGGGCAAGUUGCGUCCAUUUCCACCUGCCCCACUUCACUGCUCUUUUCCUUAACGUCGCCUACUCUUUUAAAGACCAGAAAAGCGGGAGAUACAGAUAGAGGCUGCAGUCACAACCCCACUCAGCCAGGGAGGGAAAGAAGAACCAAACAAAAAAAAAAAGGAAAAAUACACCGAGAGAAAGGGAGAGAAAACCAGAAAAACACGGAGAGAAAUGUGAAUAUGGAAGCUUAAGAAAAGUUAAGUUGAGAGAAAGAAGAGGAUCAUUGAGUUAAAACGGGAAGUGAUAAGUUUUCGUUUUCCGAGAGAAAAACAAAAAUGACGACGGGAUUAGUGCAAGACCAGAAUCUAGAGAAGCAAAUGGGUUGCAUGGCUGGUUUCCUUCAGAUCUUUGACCGUCACCAGCUUCUUACUGGCAAACGCCUUUACUCCACCAAGCGCCUCCCUCCCACACCGGCCACUGAAACGACACAGGAGCACGAGACGACAGUUGAGUCACCAGCAAUAUCGAGAGAAUUAGAGAAGCAGCCACAAGGUCGAUCAGCUCCAUCACCGGACCGUUCAAAGCAAUCUCCGGUUAUAUCGGAGCUCCGAUCUCCGGCGCCGGAACCUUCCACUCCGACAGGAAACCAGAACAAGACACCUCUUCCUCUUCCCAUGUUUGAAUUCAAAGAAGGCAGCGCGAGGUCACCGUGGAAAUUCUCCAAAGAAGCUCCAAGGCUCUCUCUUGAUAGUAGAGCCGUCGUUGAUGCUAAAGGAAGCCUUAAGCCCAGAGAGAUCCGUGCUAAUGCCGCCAUUUUAUCUGCUAACCAAUGCGACAACAACGGCGAAGAAGACGGAAUGGAUGAUAACGACAAACAACGACGGUCACCUAGCGUAAUCGCGAGGCUUAUGGGACUCGAACCGUUACAGGAUUCUGAUCCCGAACCAAAUAGAAAAGCACAGCUCCGAAGAUCCGCGUCGGAAGCAAGAGGCAGAGAUCUAUUUCAGUACCGUUUUAUAGACGGAGUUAAUUUCCAUUUAAAACAGAGUCAGCAACCAAUUUUCCAAAAUGGAGGGGCUUCGAGCAAUGUGGUAAGAGAAAAAGGAGCCAAACAAGAUCAAGUGAUAAGUAACAGAUCAGAAGGUUUAAGAAAUGCGAGAGCUGAACCGGUUAAAGCUCCGGUUCGCGGAAUGGGCCAAAGGAAAUGUUUCUACGAUUCAGCCGAUUUCUUUCCCGAACCAAAACAAACCGUUUCUAUCUACGGUGAGAUUGAGAAACGGCUUAAGCUCAGAGGAAUCGACGAGCCAUCCAAAGAUCUCGAGACUCUUAAGCAAAUUCUUGAAGCUUUGCAACUCAAAGGCCUUUUACACACUAGGAAACCGGCAAACCAAACGAAUAACAGGAACUUUGUUUAUGAACGUGAAGAAUCUCCAAUUGUCGUUAUUAAACCGGGGAGAUCACAUUCGUCCCCGGUCAGAAGGAUUGGCAACGAUUCGCCUCCUUCGAGCUAUAGAUCAAGACCUGGAGCUCGCCGGAACAUGAAUCUCGAGUCGCCGCCGACGAUGAGUCCGAGACGUGAUAGACCAGAGGGUGAACGGAAUGUACGGAACCAAAGCAGAGCUAGGGGUUCGAUUUCUCCGACGAGGAGUGAGUGUGGCGUCCAGAGUCCUAACAGAAGGCAGUUGAGUGUUGAAAAUCAGAGAAGGAAUGCGAAUGUGGAGCAGAGAAGAGUGUCUCCGGUUCAGUCUCCUAGGGUUAAUGUGAGAAGAACCGGAUUAGAUCAGACGACGAGUAGGUCGCCGAGAAACAGGAAAUUAACGGCUGAGAUUUAUCAGAAAGAAGAGAAGGUAUUUAUUCCAGCGGAGGAUGAAAUAUCCACUGUUUCGGAGAGUAGCAUUAGCACAUGUUCUCAAACUGAUACGGAGAGAUCGAAGGUGGAGGAAUACAAGGAAGGGAAAAGCCUCUUGGAAAGGUGUGAUAAGCUGCUUCACAGCAUAGCAGAGAUGACCGCUACGAAUGAGCUGCAGCCGAGUCCGGUCUCGGUCCUUGACUCGUCGUUUUACAAGGAGGAGUCGUCUCCUUCCCCUGUUAUGAAACGGAUCAUCGAUUUGAAAGAUCAACUUGUUGAAUCAGAAGAUGAGAUGUGGAGUCCUGCAGUCUCGUCUGCUGAAUCAAAGUUUGAAGAUAAAUCAGAUGAUUGUGAUUUUGUCUACAUUACUGAUAUCCUCAGAGCGUCCAAUUACGUUCCUGAAGAUUUUGAUGUCUUUUUGUUGCUGGAGAAGCAGCAGUAUCUCAAGGGGAAGGACACCUCGAAAGUGUCCAGACUCCAACGGAAGCUUAUAUUUGACACCAUCAAUGAAAUUCUCAAUCGAAAGAGACAAUUACCACCAUGGAAGCUUAUCUCGUGUACAAAUUCAUGGGCUGGACAGACAUCAUUGCAACAAAUUUGGUCCGAAUUCCAAAAGAUUCGGGAGAGGGACUCAUCGGAUGACUUGUUUGAGGUCAUUUGCGGUGUGCUAAGAAAGGACCUUGCUGGGGACGGCUGGGGAGAUUGCCCCAUUGAGAUGUCCGAAGCAGUCCUCGAUAUUGAACGGCUAAUAUUUAAGGACCUGAUAGGCGAAACCAUCCGAGAUCUCGCUGCUCUUUCUGGGAAAAGUAAUAAAAUCCCGGCACCUCGUAGGAAGUUGGUGUUCUGAAAGUGAGAGAUGAAAAAGAGAUUGGCCUUUAAAUUAUUCUUCGGGUGCUUUCUUUUAGCUCCUUGCUUUUUCUAAUUUUAUAUAUUUUGACCCCCCCUUUUUUUUUGUGAUUAAGAAAUUUGGGUGUUUAAUCUUCAUUUACCUGAAAUCCAGGCAUAUCCAACGAUCGCUUUUGCAAGCUGUAAAAAAAA